AUGGCUGCUACCAAUGUGAACACAAAAUCCAAAGAAGAAACAUCUGCUGGUUUAGUGUCAAGUCCACCAGAUGCAUCUGAUAAUGAAAAUAAACGUUAUGAAACUGUUGAACGUGGUCAAUUACAUACACUCAAUUAUCGAUGUUAUUUUCGCGAUCGUCAAACACAAACAUUUGUUUCACCAUUCCAUGACAUUCCAUUAAUGUAUAAAACAACGUCAAAUGAUUCAACAAAUCCUAUUUUUAACAUGAUUGUCGAAGUACCAAGAUGGACAAAUGCCAAAAUGGAAAUAAAUAAGCAAUUAAAAUUGAAUCCAAUUGUACAAGAUAUUAAAAAUAAUAAGCCACGAUUUGUACACAAUGUUUUUCCUUAUCAUGGUUAUUUAUGGAAUUAUGGGGCUUUACCACAAACAUGGGAAGAUCCUAAUCAUACUGACUCAGAUACAAAGACAACGGGUGAUAAUGAUCCAUUAGAUGUGUGUGAAAUUGGAACAAAAUUACAUUCCACUGGUUCAAUUGUACCAGUGAAAAUUGUUGGCGUUCUUGGGUUAAUUGAUGAAGGUGAAACAGAUUGGAAGUUGAUUGGUAUUGAUAUAAACGAUAAGUUAGCUUCAAAAAUUGAUGAUAUCAACGAUGUUGAGCAACAUUUACCUGGUCUAUUAGACGCUACACGAAGAUGGUUUAAAUACUAUAAAGUUCCAACAGGUAAACCACCAAAUGUAUUUGCCUUAAAUGAACAAUUUGCUGAUAAAAAAUAUGCAAUGAGAGUCAUUGAAGAAACACGUAAAUACUGGGAAAAAUUGGCUAGUGGUGAAACAAAAGUGCCCGAAAAGGUAUGCUCAAUUGCUAAUACAACAUUGAAAAAUGCCGGUACAGUAGGAAAAGAUGAAGCUGAAAAAAUCGUUAAUGAAAAUGAAGAGCAUAAACAACCGGCCAAAGUUGAUGUUUCCGUCCACGAUCUAGCCUAUGUUGUUGACAAUGAAAAACGUGCACAAUGA